AUGUCCGUCUGUCCCGCCACCGUGCUGCCACCUCCUGUCCGGCUCCGAGGGGUCACUCGGCUCAAAACGGGAGGGGAGAUCCUGGUGGGCUCAGCCUCUCAUGCCCUGCUCUGCCCCUUGCUCCUCGCAGCCCCCACGGAGGCAGCAGCACCGCCCAGGACCCCGGCGGGAAGUGGGGCUGGGAACACCUCGGGGGCACCAGGUGCCAGGGCGCUGCGGCUGGUGGGUGGCCGGAGCCGGUGCGAGGGUCGAGUGGAGCUGGAGCUGGAGGGGACGUGGGGGACGGUUUGUGAUGACAGCUGGGACCUGGCCGACGGCGACGUGGUGUGCCGGCAGCUGGGCUGCGGGCGAGCCCUGCGCGCCCCCGGCGCCGCCGCCUUCGGCCGGGGCAAGGGAAGCAUCCUGCGGGACGAGGUGGGAUGCGAGGGCCACGAGGAGCACCUCUGGGACUGCCCAGGGGAGCCGCAGCACGACUGCAGCCACAAGGAGGACGCCGGCGUGGUGUGCUCAGAGCACCAGGAGUGGAGGCUGUCUGGGGGCCGGGACGGCUGCGCCGGCCGGGUUGAGGUCUUCUUCCGCGGGCUGUGGAACACGGUGUGCGACAGCAGCUGGUACCAGCUGGAGCCCCGGGUGCUGUGCCACACCCUGGGCUGUGGGGAGCCCCUCCAGCACCUCUCCUUCGACCACACCUUGCCUGGCAAGAUGCUCUACGAGUGUGAGAGCCCCCAGCCCUCCCUGGCCCACUGCAAGUGGACCUACAACAAGUCAGCUCCCUGCUACCAGUCGCGGGCGGCCGGCGUGGUCUGCAACGGCUCUCAGGGCUUGCAGCCCCCGAGCUCCACGGCCAUGGUGGCACCAAGCAACAGCACCCUGCUGGCUGAGGAGGGUUCUGAGGCCACAGGGCCCCUGGCCCCUCUGCACCUGCCACUCUUGGUCCUCUGCCUGGUCCUGGCAGCGCUGCUGCUCCUCGCUGUGCUGGCCUUCACCAUCGCCCUGCUGAGGCUGAGGAAGAGGAGCGCCCACCCCGUGUCCCCCCUGGGUCUAGCCGGCCCGGUGCUGAUGAGCCACAGCGCCCAGAGCCCCAACGCCACCUCUGGGACCCCCAACGAGUACAGGGAGCCCCCUCCCAGCCUUCCCAAAGCAGCAGGUAGGGCUGACCCCGACCCCGACUCCGACUCGGACUACGAACACUACGACUUCAGCAGCAAGCCCCCCGUGGCCCUCUCCACCUUCUACAACUCCCUGCGCCGGCAGCCUGGGGAGCAGCAGCUCCUGCUGAAGACCACCCCCGGGGGGAGGGAGCCCUCCCCUGCAGCAGUGCCACCCAGGCCGGGCCCCCUGUCCCGCGGCAGCUCCUCCACCUCUUCCUCCUCCUUUUCCUCCUCCUCCACCGAGCCCUAUUGCAACGAGACGGCACCCACCAUGCAGCCCCCCGCCCGUGGCACCCAUGGCACCCACCAGCUGGCAGCACCCACCACCCACGGCUGCGCUGCUCGGCUCCAGCCUGUCCCUCGAGGGGACACGAGUGGGACCCUGACUCUCCGGAUGGCAGCGACUACGACGACGUCCAGGGCUCUGCCCGCUGAGGCUCCCCAGCCGCCACCACAGGCCACCAGCCGCAGCGAGAGGUUGGCCCAAGAGCUUUUGCAGCCCUGGGUGGAGCAGGAGGUGAGGAGGGCAGCCUCUAACCGCUGUGUUUUCCCAGCCAAGCCCAGGCUGCAGCUCUCUGGGGACGGCCACCGCUGCUCUGGGAUGCUGGAGGUGCAGCGGGAGGCCAGCUGGAGUCGCCUGUGCUGGGACAGCUCCCUCGAAGCCUUCCUGGACGGCACCUGCCGGCAGCUGGGCUGUGGCCCCUCCGCCUCCAAGCCCCUCCAGGCCAUUGGCAGGGUUGGGAAGGAGCCACAGGUGAGGCUAGAGGGGUGCUGGAGGCCGGCGACAAAGCAGCUGGCAAGGUGCUUCUUGGUGCCAGCAAACUGCACCCACCACAUCUUCCUCAACUGCAGCGAGCCGGUGAACACCACCCCCGAACCCACACCAGUGCCACCAAGCACCACGCUGGAACCCACUGGACCUCCCAGGCUGCUGCUGGUGGACGGAGAUGUGCCUUGCUCAGGCUUCGUGGAGCUGCACAAAGAAGGGCUGUGGGGAGCUGUGGCCAGCAGCCCAAGCCUGUGGCCACGAGUGGCCACCGAAAUCUGCCGGCACCUGGGCUGCGGCCCGGCCGCCCCCAGCGGGGACCGCGGCGAGCCGGAGCCGGGCAGCCUCCUGCCGGUGAGCUGGGAGGUGCUGGAGCCCUGCGGCAGCCCCUCCGUCCUCAGCUGCUUCGGCAGGACCGGCAGGCAGCGGGGCAAGCCUCCUGCCUUCAUCACCUGUGAAGGCUCCCGAGCCCUGAGGAGGCUGGGGGGCGGCGCCACGCCGUGCGAGGGGGAGCCGGAGGUGUUUCACCGGGGCAGGUGGCAGGGGCUGUGUGACAGCAGGGAGCAGCGAGCCCGGCGCGGCCAGCAGCUCUGCCGGGAGCUGCAGUGCGGCAACCUCUCCUCCAGCACCAAGAGCCAGGCCCCACCCGCCCUGGGGGUCGCCUGCAGGGCCCCCAGCCUGCACCUCUGCCCUGGCCCCCUCGACCCGCUGCAGAUGUGCUCCCGGACCAGAGUUGUGUGUCAGGACUCCAAGCCACAGCCUGUUGGCACACCUGCAGGCACCAUCGUCAGCAUCUGCCUGGCCCUGCUUCUCCUGGGCGUCCUCCUGCUCAUCUGUGGCCCUCCAGCCUACAGGAGGCUGGUGAAGAGAAUCUCCAAGAAGAAGCAGCGGCAGUGGAUCGGCCCCACAGGGCUCAGCCAGACGGUCUCCUUCCACCGCAACAGCACCGUCAGCAGGAGGCCACGGGCCGAGGGACAGAGGGGGCAGGGGGUGGACAAUGACUAUGCUCAGCCCCCCCAGAGGAGCUCCUGCCUCUCAGCUUACCCAGCCCUGGAAGGUGCAUGCAGAGCUUCCAACCCUGCGGACAACUCCUCCGACAGCGACUACGACCUGAGCUCUGCCCGCAGAGUGUGA